GACUAGACAGAACUUCAUCGGAGACAGGUGUGCUCGAGUCAGAGCAGAUCCCCACCAGCUGCAACCUGUUCCAUAAUCAAGACCUCAGUCAGUCUACGUUCCUAGCCGUUUGUUAUUAUUCAGACCCUGUUAUCCUGUUGUGCCUGUUUUCCUUGCCUGAUGCUGUUUUCCUCUCUGCUACAAUUAUGCCCGCUUUGACUCUGGUCCUUGUCUCCAGUAAUGUCUCCUUGGAUUAACCUCCGGAUGAUGGAAGGUCAUCCAUUUUUGGGCGACAUGGACAGCAUGGGUCCCACCUUCUUUGAAGCGGGCAAAGAAGGUGUUUAGCUUGUCCGGGAGCGAGGUGUCCGUGAUAUGGCCGACUUUCCCUACUACAUGCGUCUUGUGUCUGAGCCGUUGAAUUGCGACACUAGUUUGUCCUUGUACUGUAGUUUUGCCUCAUUGAUUGCCUUAUGGAGGUCAUAGCUGGUCUGUUUGUACACGUCCAUGUUCCCAGUCACAUUGAUGUAGUUAAAUGCAGAGGUUUGUGCUUUCAGUUGUGUGAAUGCUACCAUCUAUCCACGGUUUUGGUUUGGAUAAGUUCUAAUCGUCACAGUAGGAACAGAACGUCUUGUCCGCGUGAUCAAUAUAGUCUUCAAGCAUAGAUGCGAUUGGCCAGAGCAACAUUGAACAGUCCUUACCACGGGUGCUUCCUGCUUUAGUUUCUGUCUAUAGGCGUGGAGGAGCGUGAUGGAGGUGUGAUCUGAUUUGCCAAAGGGAAGGCGGGGGAGGUCCUUGUAGCCGUUCUCGGAGGGGAAAGUAACAAUGGUCAAGCAUAUUCUCCCUGCGUGUAGCACAGAUGUGUUGAUAGAAUUUCGGGAGUGUUUUCCUCAGGUUUCUUUUAUUAAUGUCCCCAGGUACAAUAAAUGUGGCCUCAGGAUAUGCAGUUUAUAGUUUGCACAAAGUCCAGUGUAGUUAUUUGAGAGCUGUUACUGUGUCUGCUUGGGGAGGGGGGGGUAUACACGGCAGUGACAAUACGCCCCUCCAACUUGUAAUUCCGACUAUAAAACUUGGAUGACCUCUGGUCCCCGAUCUUUCCCCGUUGAGCUCUGAUGUCAUCCACCACUGAAAGUGGCAACAAACAUGGCCGCGAUUUCGUCUGUCAUUGGUGAGAAUAGUUAUUGCGUUCCUUCGGAGCUCUGAGCAUGUGAACGCUCCAAGUCGUUCCUCCGAAGUAGACAAGUCGUUCCUCCAUGACGUGAAUGUGGCCUAAGCCUCUGUACUACCCGAAUUUACAGAAUCCUUCUAACUUGUUGAAACUCGCCGAACAAUGACUCCCACCAAGACAAGCCAGGACGGCUCUCACCGUGACAGCUCAGUGGUUGCAUCUGUCUCAAAUAGCCCCCCAACACAGAUGCAUAUCAACAAAGGUUCCACCCUAACCCCCUCUGAUGGCUCAGGGGACUCAGCAGGGUGGUCAGCCACUGUGAAGACCCCAGCCUCAGGGACCACCAGAGCCACAGCCAGCCAGGCCAGGGGAGCAAAGACCACAGAUACACGUUACGCCAAAAAGAACAUCCCUACUGUCAGAUAUCAUCCAGAUAUCAUCCCAGAGAAGAACCCUGAGGCCCAUCAGCAUAGUCAUAGCCCUGUCAAGAGCAGCCAGGUCAGGGGUAAGCCUUUGGUCUCUCCCCCCAGGACCAACCAGGUUGGGGGGAGCUCCGUGGUCUCUCCCCCCAGGACCAACCAGAUUGGGGAGAGCUCCAUGGUCUCUCCCCCCAGGACCAACCAGGUCAGGGGUAAGCCUUUGGUCUCUCCCCCCAGGACCAACCAGGUUGGGGGGAGCUCCGUGGUCUCUACCCCCAGGACCAACCAGGUUGGGGGGAGCUCCAUGGUCUCUCCCCCCAGGACCAACCAGGUUGGGGGGAGCUCCGUGGUCUCUCCCCCCAAGCCUGAAGCCAUGCCUCUGGGGUUAGGUCAGAAGAUGGAGGGUGGCGUUGUGGAGGCGGUGGAGCUCCAGACCCGGGGCCAGAGAGAGAACCCCAGUUGGUUCGCCUGGCGUCGGAACCGCAUUACAGCGUCCAUCGCUCACAGCCUCGCCCACAGCCGCUUCGUCACUGGCCAGAGCCAGACCCCGCCUGCUUCCUAUCUGGCCGCCAUCACCGGCCGUGGCACCAACUUCAAAACGCGCGCCAUGAACUGGGGCAUUGAGCGGGAGGCCGAGGCCGUGCGGAGAUAUCAGAGCCUGAAGAGCAAGGCCCUGGGCCGGGCGGUGAGGGUGCAGGAGUGUGGCCUAUUCAUCGACCCCAAGCGCCCCUGGCUAGCAGGCAGCCCUGACGGCAUUGUAGAGGACCAGAGGACCGGCCAACGGCUGCUCUGCCUGGAGGUCAAGUGUCCCUACAAGCACCGUCUGAACACUGUAGCCCAGGCCUGUAGAGAGGACCCAGCCUUCUGCCUGACGAUACAGGACCUGGGCGUGGGACAGGUGAGGUACCAUCUGAAACCAGACCACACCUACUACACCCAGAUCCAGUGCCAGCUGGCGGUGACAGGGUUAACCCAGGCUGACCUAGUGGUGUUCACCCUGAAGGAAACAGCCAUCAUCCCUGUGACCUUUGACCCUACGUUCUGGGACAACACGCUGGUCAAGCUGGAGAUGUUCUACACCGACGCUGUCCUGCCCUACGUCAGAGACAACGGACUGGACAUACCAGCCAUGAGGCCAGAGGAGUAGCUAGCACUUAACACACAGGGGGUGGAUAGCUGGUUCAGGAUGUCAGAUAUAGAAGUCCUGAGACAAACUGUAGUUUGUGGUGAAGGACUGGUCUGGGUAGGGUAAGUGGUAAAGGGCAAUUGAGACUGCAUAGAUAAGUGGUGGAGGAACCUUCUGCGUUUGUCAGGUAGGCUUGGAGAUUUGAACCUAUCACUUUACUGUCAAAUAUUUGAAUGUAAAUAAACCAUGCCUGCCUUAAGACAUCUCAGAUACCUGGAGCUGAUUUCAUGUGUGCAGAGAUCAACCUAUAUGAUCAUCAGUAGUGUGGCAGCUGACCGGAACAUAGAGUAGUUGUGCUGGAGAUCGGCUGCUUAAAUGGACACUAGAAGAUUACAUGCUUAAUGAUCGUGAUGCUUUGCUCCAUUAAAACAAGACCAAACCACA